AUGAAUGGAGGCAGAUUUGACUUUGACGACGGCGGAACCUAUGUAGGCGGAUGGGAAGAAGGAAAAGCACACGGUCACGGAGUAUGCACUGGUCCACAGGCGAAAGGCGAAUAUGCCGGAGCUUGGCACUACGGUUUCGAAGUGUCUGGUGUGUACACGUGGCCGUCUGGAAACACCUAUCAGGGACAGUGGCAGAAUGGGAAACGACACGGUCUUGGUGUGGAGCAGCGGGGCAGAUGGUUGUACAAAGGAGAAUGGACACAAGGCUACAAAGGACGAUACGGAGUACGACAGUCGGCAAGUUCUCAGGCUAGGUAUCAGGGCACCUGGUCUGCUGGAUUUCACGACGGAUAUGGAACGGAAAUUUAUGUGGAUCUAGGAAGUUACCAAGGACAAUGGCUUCGAGGAAUGCGACAUGGUUACGGUAUCCGAAAAAGUGCCACCUAUGCGAAUGCAGCUAAAUUUCGAUCAAAAUCGCAGACUCAUGCUUCACUGACUAGUUUAAGAAGUGGUCGAGUGGAAGAGGAAAAUGCUGAAGAGCACAGGCAUAAAGAAGGACUAUCCGGCCGUGGAGGAUUUGUACUUCGUGCCAACUCGGCAGCUCCACAACGACGACGACGAUCCCUGUCGGAACGAAGUCUUGCCGUGAAAAGAACUCUGUUGUCUGGCCUCCGAAUCAAGAAACAACAUUCCACUGGAGACAUCCAUCAACGUGUUGCAUCAAUGACCGGAAGUCUUCGAUCGAGUGGCUCAACGAUGAGUUGCACUUCUGAAGACUCACUUCAUCAUCACGGACUACAACAACCAGAAGAAGAAGCCGUUGAGGAGAGCGCUAUAGAAACGUACAUGGGCGAGUGGAAGAACGACAUGCGUAGUGGUUUUGGAGUGUGCGAAAGAAGUGACGGACUCAAAUAUCACGGAGAAUGGGCGAACAAUGCGAAAUGUGGCUUUGGAGUGACAACUUUUAAGGAUGGAACCAAGGAAGAGGGACGAUACAAGAACAACAUUCUGAUCGCUUCUUCUAGAAGGAAAGGAGUCAUUUUCAUGAGAGCUUCAAAGUUUCGGGAAAAGUUGGAACAGGCAAUGGGAACCGCGAUCCGAGCUGCUAGCAUUGCACAACAGAAGGCUGAUAUCGCUGCGAGCAGGACGUCAACAGCAAGGGAACGAAGUGAACAAGCAACAUUCAUCUCAAGACAAGCGAACGAGGAUUCAGAAGUUGCCAGAAUCCAUGCAAAGCAGUUCGAUCCAAGUUUUAAGCAGCCUGGUACGCGACGGUUAUUGAAGGACAACAAUGGAGGAGAAUCGUUUGGAACUGAUCUAUCAGAUGCCAUUUCCUAUUCAAGGCAUCUUUCACAAACGCAUAGUAAACAACAUUCCUUUGAGCAGACACUAUCUGUUGACAUGGGCGAUGACAUGACACCUCCAUCGCGAAACCCCUAUGCCAACCACGUAGGCCCAUCCAACCAGAACCAUGUCAAUUUUCUGCCCCAAUACGGCUACAAUUCCGACCCGAACUCUCAACUUCAGACCCCGAUGAACUCUCAAGAUCUCCUUCAGCAACCACACAACAUUCCCAUAAACGAUCCAUCAAUUCCAUCGGUUUCCGUUGUUCAAGAAGAAGAGAAACCGUUGAUCCUCCAACCGCAGACCAAUCUCAGUCAACCUGGGCCUUCGAAUCUGAAUGCGCAGGCACCGAAUGUGAUGUCUUCUAGGUUCUCAUUGAGUGAUGACCAUUAUGACCAAUAUGUGAUGGCCGGCGGAAAUCAGCAACAGCAACAGCAGAAGCUUCGCCGCAAUCGUCCAUCGCUCAUGAGACAGGCGGAUGUCAACGAGUCUUGUGCUGGAGGAGCAUCGAGCGGACUCAAUCGAAGGUCGACUCUUGCCUCGGCACGAGAUCGAAAUGGUGAUGUCAACCAUCCGGGAGCUAUCGGAAGUGCUCACGCUGCGAAGCUGAGUGCUGUCAGUGGUAGUGAUGGUGACAAUAUGGGAAGUCUGCCCAAUCUAGCGGAACUUGAAACGCAAGGGGUGAGAUUGCGAAGAGAAGAAGCCGCCCGUCUCGCUGGACAACGUCGCCAAGAAGUGCUACGCGAACACGAAGAAGCGGCGCUACUCAGAGCAAAUCCACUUCGACAUUUUCUGCAACCGGCUUUUAGAGCAUGGCUGGUUCGAUGGCGCAUUCCGAUUCUAUUGGCAAUUGCGAACAUCUCCUUAUUAAUGCUCUUUUAUCAUUUGCUCACUUACGAGAAGAAGAAGAAGUCUUCUUCGUAG